AUUCUCUCAUCCACAGUUCCAACUUCCAAGGGGAUCAUCAUCGCGUGACACGGCCUAGCGAAGGUCCAAGAUGACCAGUUUUCUUGGUCUCAGGCUUCACUGGAGGCAAACUUUUGUUGGCGGAGUCGCUGGACCAUGUUGUACUUGUUCAUCCUUAUAUCCCGCCGUCACCGGUGUGAAGAAAUGGAGUAACGGAGGUAAAGCUUUUCGUCGCACGGUGCUGGGUGUGGGUUCUUCAUUCUUGCUUCAUUUUAUGAGUAUGGCUGGAAAUGUCGGCAGUAGGUCCUUCGUUGCGUCUGCCAGGAUUAAGGGUAGUUCCUCCGUUGAUGAGUUACUGAAGAAUGUGGAAUGGCCGGAGCAGUUUCCCUUCAAGGAGGAGGACUUCCAGCGUUUUGAUGAGUCUCCAGAUUCCUUGUUCUAUGAAGCACCUCGAUUUGUGACACACAUUGAUGACCCUGCAAUUUCUGCUCUUACUAAAUAUUACUCAAAGGUUUUUCCACCUAGCAACACUCCAGGUGUAAGCAUCUUAGAUAUGUGCAGCAGUUGGGUCAGCCAUUUUCCACCAGGAUACAAACAAGAACGAGUGGUGGGAUUAGGAAUGAAUGAAGAAGAGCUGAAGAGAAAUCCUGUUCUUACAGAGUAUGUUGUACAAGACUUAAAUGUGAACCCCAGACUGCCAUUUGAGGAUAACUCCUUUGACGUCAUUACGAAUGUGGUCAGUGUUGAUUACUUAGCAAAGCCUCUUGAUGUCUUCAAAGAGAUGUGCAGGAUACUUAAACCAGGUGGAUUGGCCAUGAUAAGUUUUUCAAAUCGUUUGUUCUGGACAAAAGCAAUUUCUAUAUGGACGUCAACUGGGGAUGCCGAUCAUGUUAUGAUUGUCGGGUCAUAUUUCCAUUACGCUGGAGGAUUUGAGCCUCCCCAGGCUGUGGAUAUAUCUCCUAAUCCUGGACGAUCUGAUCCUUUGUACAUUGUAUACUCUAGGAAGCUCCCUGCCGCUUGAGAGAGAUUAUUUAUUCAUAUUCAUAUAAUUUAUUUUAGAACCAUGCAUCCUAGAAAAAGGGGUUCCUCAGAGGACGCACACAGGGGACCGGGAAUCUUACAUGCAAGAGUCCUUUGGAGUCCUUGAUUGUGAAAUUUUUGUAGACUUUGAAGAGUGACCUGGAGAUUAUAAAUUCAUAGUGGAGCUUACAGUUACAUUUUAUA